ACUCCGGCGGCUUUUCUCUUAGUGCUGAAGGCGCCGACCCACUUCUCUUCGUUCACCCGAGCGCUCCCUUCCUUCGAAGUCCCUGAAGCUGCCAGCCCGAAGGCGUCCAGACUGACCUAGGCCGGGUAACUGCACUGAGGAGCCAUGACAACCCUGGAUGAUAAGCUGCUGGGGGAGAAGCUCCAGUACUAUUAUAGCAGCAGUGAGGAUGAGGACAGCGACCACGAGGACAAGGACAGAGGCAGUGGCGCCCUGGCCGGCAGUUCGAUGCCUGCAGAUGCAGAGUUGGCAGGGGAAGGCAUCUCAGUCAACACAGGUCCAAAAGGGGUGAUAAAUGACUGGCGCCGCUUCAAACAGUUGGAGACUGAGCAAAGGGAGGAGCAGUGCCGGGAAAUGGAACGGCUGAUCAAGAAGCUGUCAAUGACCUGCAGGUCCCAUCUGGACGAAGAGGAGGAGCAACGCCAACAGAAGGAGCUCCAGGAGAAGAUCAGUGGGAAGAUGACUCUGAAGGAGUUUGCCAUGAUGAAUGAGGACCGAGAUGACGAGGAGUUUCUACAGCAGUACCGGAAGCAGAGGAUGGAAGAGAUGCGGCAGCAGCUUCACAAGGGGCCCCAGUUCAAGCAGGUGUUUGAGAUCCCCAGUGGAGAAGGGUUUUUAGAGAUGAUCGAUAAAGAACAGAAAAGCACCCUCAUCAUGGUCCAUAUUUAUGAGGACGGCAUUCCGGGGACCGAAGCCAUGAACGGCUGCAUGAUUUGCCUUGCUGCUGAGUACCCAGCUGUCAAAUUCUGCCGGGUGAAGAGCUCAGUUAUUGGGGCCAGCAGUCGCUUCACCAGGAAUGCCCUUCCAGCCCUGCUGAUCUACAAGGGGGGUGAGUUGAUUGGCAAUUUUGUUCGUGUCACUGACCAGCUGGGGGAAGAUUUCUUUGCUGUGGACCUCGAAGCUUUUCUACAGGAAUUUGGAUUGCUCCCAGAAAAAGAAGUCUUGGUGCUCACGUCUGUGUGUAACUCUGCCACCUGUCACAGCGAGGACAGUGAUUUGGAAAUAGAUUGAACUGAUAGUCUAGCUGCAUAGAUUUCUCCUUGUUUGGGCUGGAAGACACAUGUCUGUGGAUUUGUUUUUGUUCCUUCCUGUGUUGUGUGGCUUUCCAGCUGUUCUUUGUAGUCCCUUUUAUUAUAUGUAAAGUCAAGAAAUUCUUAGAUUAAACUGGAAUGCUAAAUCACCUUGUGGCUAGCAGUACAAAGUGACUUCAAACUGUAUAAACAGGAAACCAGGCUUUUGAACUGUUUACUUAAGAUUCUCUAGCAUGACAUCUCUGUUAUUGUUUCUAGUCAAUAUUUACAUAACAUCCUAAAGACAGUGUCCUGGAAAUUGUCUUCAGAUGAUCUCAGAGGUCUCUGCCAGGCCUGGGAAUAUAGUUCUAUAGUUAGUGUGUUAUUUGCAACAUAAAUAGUGUGUCCCCUUCAUCAGUGAUUAUAAAUUGUAUUUACUUGUAAUCAGAUGUUCUCUACCGGGGUCUUGUUUAAAGGUUCCAGACAAUGAUGUUUGCCCCAUCAAGAGGGGUGACCUUUGCUGUGGGAGCCAGUGUCCUGCUGAAACGUUACUAAGUCUUAAAUAGGAGGAAGGAUUGAGGCUGACUGUGCUCCUGAUGCUGGAAGGCCAGCUUGAUUUAAAAACAUCAGAGCGGGGCGCCUGGGUGGCGCAGUCGGUUAAGCGUCCGACUUCAGCCAGGUCACGAUCUCGCGGUCCG